CCCAGGUGAUCAACUACUCGAUUAGAAGACAACACACUGUCAGAAAAUGUCUGGACGUGGUAAGACUACAGCUGGAAAAGUCAAGGCGAAGUCCAAGUCCCGUUCUUCCCGGGCUGGUCUUCAGUUUCCUGUGGGUCGUGUACACAGACUGCUUCGUAAAGGCAACUACGGCGAGCGUAUUGGUGCGGGUGCUCCCGUCUACCUGGCGGCCGUGCUCGAAUACCUGACUGCUGAAAUUCUGGAGUUGGCUGGUAACGCUGCCCGUGACAAUAAGAAGACCAGAGUCAUCCCACGUCACCUGCAGUUGGCUGUCCGUAAUGAUGAGGAGCUCAACAAACUUCUUGGCAAAGUUACCAUCGCUCAAGGCGGUGUGUUGCCAAACAUUCAGGCGGUUCUUUUGCCCAAGAAGUCUGAGAAGGCCAAGCAGUCCAAGUAAAAUUUGACUGUUGAUUCCAAACCCCACAAAGGCUCUUUUAAGAGCCACCUACUUCAUUCAGAAAGAGCUUAUGUCUGUUUAACGUCCAUUUUUCAUACUAAAUGCUUCCUAACAGUUCAUAUGAUUAUUAGAAAAAACAAGAUAAAUAAAUUUAAAGUCAAAAUUUUAAACUAUAUCAUUCUUUAAUGAAAAAGAAACUUAAAUUUGAUUUUUCAUUUAGUUCAAUUUUUAGGGUACUUAAUCCACCAGUAGGUAGACGUUAUUGCUGCAAAACUUAAAUGUGUAACACAUGACAACACAUUUUUUGGACAACCUUAAUUAAGAUGCAUUAUUUAAAUUGAUAAAUCUUUAUACUAUUAUUAUUAUUAUUUUUUUUUUAUUAUUAUUUUUUUGUCUAAAUGUGAGUUAUAGUAAUACAAAGAUGAUCAAUUUAACCUUUUUGGGGGUUCGUUUUAUAUUUAAAAAAAUCUAACAAAUAAAAAAAAUCUGUCAUUAAGAUUAGAAAUAAAAGCAGUUACGCCAAACAAAAGGUUGGGCAAAUGUUUCAUAAAAUAGAACGACCAUCAACUUAAGCCUGUUAGUCAUAUUCAUUGUUUUAAACUAGAAUAAACUGGAUUUGAUUCCAUUUCA